AUGGCCCACAAAGUUUGCAACGAAGAUGGUUCCUGGUUCAGGCAUCCGGAAACCAACCUCACCUGGUCUAAUUACACUACCUGCAUCGAUCUGGAGGAUCUUAUGAUAAGGCAGCUGAUCAACAAUAUCUACCGAGCUGGAUAUGCAGUUUCGCUGAUAGCAUUGGUGAUCUCCCUCUUCAUCUUCUUUUACUUCAGAAGUCUGCAGUGCACUCGCAUACGCCUACACAAGAACCUGUUCGUCAGCUUCAUCUUAAACAACAUCCUGUGGAUAGUUUGGUAUCUGGAAGUUGCCGAUAAGCCUGAGACAGUCUUCAAUAACACGACGGGAUGCCAGGUCCUGCACAUCCUCCUCCAUUACUUCCUCGUCUCGAACUACUACUGGAUGUUCUCAGAGGGACUCUACCUCCACACCCUGCUGGUGGUGGCCUUCGUCACGGAGGACCACAUGAUGAGAUGGUUCUACCUGCUGGGGUGGGGAGCCCCGGCCAUCAUCGUCGCCGUCUACGCGGGUGUCAGGGGCACUUCUACGUCAGAUACCCAACACUGCUGGAUCGAGGAGAGCCACUACACCCUCCUCCUGUCCAUCCCUGUCUGCCUGUCCAUCCUGGCCAACCUGGUCUUCCUGAUCAACAUCGUGAGGGUCCUGGUGACGAAGCUGAGGGCCAACCACGUCCCGGCAGACACCAACGGCACCCGGAAGGCCGUGAGGGCCACCCUCAUCCUCAUCCCAUUGCUGGGGCUCCACUACGUCCUCAUGCCCUUCAGACCGGCGCCGGGUUCCAGCGGGGAGUUGGUUUAUCAGAUAGUGUCUGCCCUCGCAUCUUCAUUCCAGGGAUUCUGUGUGGCACUGCUCUUCUGUUUCUGCAACAGUGAGGUGACAACGGCUAUCAAAAAGAGAUGGGUUCAGUACCAGUUCAUACACGAACGACCUCGUUUUACUCAGUCCGCCUCAUGUGCCUUGCCUGUAAAUGGCGUGUGUAAAAAGCCAAACAAGGAUCUACGUAAAUUCUUUCUCCGGCGUCCUUUCCUGGGGUUAAAAUCCCAACAGGACAGCCAUCAUCACCAGCCCCCUACGCAGCAUCACCUGAGAUCUCGGGACGUUCCAGUGGCGACCAUAGGGGCCGCUGGAUCUACCAGCUGGGGCUGCGUGGUGGUGGAGUCCCAACCAACCCAAAUGGGCCCGUUGUACCCGGGGGCAGACGAACCCAGCAACGAAGACAAACACAAAGUGCAGGUAGAGUGUAGGAGCCUCGAGAUGAAGCCUUACCCGAGGGCUUUCGAGGCCAAUGCCAACCGCGAAGUUGAUAGGCAACUGAAAACGUUCGCGGAGACUCACUCCCUUACGUCUCCUCACCUCAUCCCUUUGACCUCCUCCCGAGGGAGCAACUGGGAGCCGCUGCCUUCGGAGGGAGGCUGCAACCACAGCCACUUCGCCGACGACUCCUCCACCUACGAGAUGAAGCACGACAUCACGGAGGAGAGCAUCAUCGACGAGGAGGAGGAGGAGGAGGAGGACGAAGUCUUCGGAGUUGAUAAUGGCUGCUCCCGCACCAAAGUGGAGAGCUACCUGACGGACAGGAGGGACAGCAGCCUCCUGAGGGCUGGUCUGAGCACCGAGACGAUCAUGACCAGCGACGAGCUCAAAUUGGACGGGGACCAGGAACCCGCUGAGGCGUCUUGGACAAGUCCGGAUGUGGAUGAACGAGCGAGGAAAACAAGUUCCAUUGACAAUCCUCCUAAUGAGUUUUCUCAUAACGAAGUGACAGUACGACCCUGUGUUGGAGGUAACGGAAAUUUGCCUCAAGUCACAAAUACCUCAACUCAUCAAAGUCACAAAGACCUCAUAAUCAUGACUGCGAGACAAGACGAUAAACCCACAGGUUAUUUGGGCGAUCUAACACAAACUACUGACUAUGGCUCCCAGGAAAACGAAAGUUAGCGCCUACAUUAAUCUAGAGUUUAUAAAAGGGGUAAACAUUGUAAUAUGGAGCGAACAUUUUAAUGAACUAGUGAAACGUGAACAAUGAAAGAGAUAUAUUUCUUUUCCUUUUAAGUAUGACCAGUGUUGUUACGUUAAACGGCAAACUUAAAGCUAAGUUCAUAGAGAUAUGGACUAAGCGCCAAACUUUGCCGAAUGAACGAAACCGAGAAGUAUAAUAUAUUACCUUUCAGACUUCAAAUGAUAUUUCAAGAGAGAGUGACAGAAAGAAGUGAAUCUAUGAAAAAAAAACAGAGUGAGAGUCAUGUUACAGGAAGUGUGAAGUUUAAUGCGACUACGGUACAUUUCCCUUACUUGAAGUUAACUAUACUGAGUUGGUUACCAGACCACUGAGCUGGUUAACAGCUCUCCUAGGGCUAGCCCAAAUGAUUGGAUUUUUUUUUUUUAUGUGGUUAGGAACUAAUUGGUUACUUGGUAAGGGGACCUACAUACAGCUUAUUGUGGGAUCCGAACCACAUUAUAUCGAGAAAUGAAUUUCUAGUCACCGAAAAUAAAUUCAUGAGGUUCCGCGUUGACGGCAGCGGGGAGCGAACUCGGCGCUGCUCUAAUAUCUCGCGGAGUUUUUCUCGUAAAUCUAUGAAAUAAUCAUAGGAAAUGCCGUGGAAAUUGGUCGUAGUCUAUAGUAAAUAAAAAAUCGGUCACUUCAUUCUAGUAUCAUAUAAUGAAUUAGUAUUAAAAAUUCUUCUGAAAAUGAUGAUAAAACAAAUUCGUGCCAUUUAAUAAGGAAAAUAAAAUCGGGAUAAAGUAAGACAUGAAAUACUCACAGUCAUCUGAUAAAAAUAAAAUUUAUCUAUUUGAUAUGAGAA